CUCGACGCGGAACUGUCCCUGUGUCCCUCCGCGGGCCCUGGAUGUAUCCCUCCGCGGGCCCUGGAUGUGUCCCUCCGCGGGCCCCGGAUGUGUCCGCUGCGGCCUCUCCGGCUCUCUUUGUCCGCAGAAAAAAAGCACCGAGAUGCGCGCGUGUGUGCACCUGCUGCGGGUGACGGUCCACGAGCGGAUCCUCGCGGCCGCCGAAGACUUUCUGCUGCGGCUGGAGAAAGGAGCAGCAGCAGCAGCAGAAGAAGAAGAAGCGUCAGACAGGCCGCGGCUGAGAGCGCUGCUCACCGAGCGGCUCUCGGCGGCCGCGGAGGAGAUCAUCGCCCUGCUGGAGGAGACCGUGGCGGGGUACGAAGACAGAGCUGAGCGCUCCGAGCAGGAGAUCUCCCGCCAGAGGAGGCUGCUCGAGGCCGUGCUGGAGCCGGAGGUCCGGCUGCACAGAGCGGAGUUUCUGCAGAAGAAGAGAGGACCCCCAGAGUCUCUGCAGAAGAAGAGAGGACCCCCAGAGUCUCGUGUCAGCGCUGAAGAAAACGCGUCUGAAGCCCAACGUGUCGACAACGAAGCCUCCUGCCCGGCAACGCCUGCCUCCUCCUCCCCCCACCCCCCCCCCGCUGACUCUCCCCCCGCCUCCCCGAGCAGCGACAGUGACCACGACGACGAUGACUGGACCAAUCAGAGCCGGGCUGCCACGCCUCAUAAGAGGAGGAAGAGAGGACGCCCGCCGCUCGCCGUCACACGGGACAAACAGUUUCUGCAGAAGAAGAGAGGACGCCCGCCGCUCGCCGUCACACGGGACCAUCUGAACAAGCGUAGACGACCGGCAUCGCCGCCGCAGAGCUUCAGCUGCCACGUGUGUCAGCGCUCGCUGCCGGGGAAAGGCUUCCUGCUGCGACACGUCCUGCAGGCCUGCGCCGGGGACGCGGCCGGCGCCCGCUGCGGCUUCUGCGGCGAGCUUCUGAGCUCGCCGACCGAACUGCCGGCUCACCUGCAGACGCACCGCGACGGCUGCCGAACCUGCCCGUUCUGCGGCAAGCGCUUCGGCUCCAUCCUGGCGCGGGAGCUCCACGAGCGCCGGCACACGGGAGAGAAACCCUACAGCUGCGACGUCUGCGGGAGGACUUUCAGCCAGAAGGGAAACCUGGCGUCGCACGCCCGCGUGCACGCCGCCGAGAAGCCGUUCACGUGCACGGAGUGCGGCCGCGGCUUCUGCCACCGCACGUCGCUGGAGCGCCACGCGGAAGCACGCGGCGGCGGCGUUGCCCACUCGCGGCGUGGGGAGGUUCGGUCAACGCGCCCGCGGCGGAGACAACGCGGUACGCAUCAGCAGGAGGGCGCCGGCACGACCACGGGCGCCACCGCCGCCGCGCCGCAGAGACUCCGGCGCUGCAGAGUCUGCGGCGACGCCUACAGGACGAGGAGCGCCCUGCUGAAACACGCCGAGACACACCUACAGGACGCCGAGGCCGGUCUCCUCUGCGGUCUCUGUGGUCAUCAGUACGACUCGGCCGCGGCCCUCUCCUCCCACCUCCUGUCCCACCACAGCGAGCUCGCCAACACGUGUCACGUGUGCGGUAAGAGCUUCCCGGCGGCCGCGGCGCUGCUGAUGCACCUGCGCGUCCACAGCGGCGAGAAGCCGUUCGGCUGCGGCGUCUGCGGCAAACGCUUCAACCAGAGCGGGAACCUGAAGACGCACGCCAAGAUCCACAGCGGCGAGAAGCCGUUCAGCUGCGGCGUCUGCGGGAAACGCUUCACGCAGAAACAGACGCUGCGCACGCACGAACGCUUCCACAACAAAGAGCGCCGCUUCCUGUGUCAGGUGUGCGGGAAGGGCUUCAUGCAGGAAGUGGACCUGAAGAGACACAUCCUGAUCCACACCGCGAGAAGUCAUGCCGCUCGCCGGCGGCAACGCUAG